CGCCGCCUCCGCGGCCGCCGCCGCCGCCGCCAAGGCGUUGGCCGAGAGGAAGGCCAAGGAGAAGGGGAAGGGGAAGUUGGACGAGCAGGAGAAGGGGAAGGAGGCGCCGGAGCCCCAGCCUCUGAUAGGGCGCAUGGCGAGGCUGGGCCCAGGGCAAGGGCUAGGGUGCGAGGCGGCGGAGGGGUCGCUGACCCCCAGUAAGAGCCGGGAGUACAAGCUCUGCAGCAAGCACGCCGAGGGCAAGCGCCCGCUCUACGCCAUCGGCUUCAACUUCAUCGACGCCCGCUACUACGACGUCUUCGCAACCGUCGGCGGCAACCGCGUGACAACUUACCGUGCUCUCCCGGACGGUAACUUGGCUAUUCUGCAAUCCUACAUUGAUGAGGAUAAUCUUCAGUCAUUCUACACUCUGAGCUGGGCUAGCGACCUUGACGGCUCACCACUAUUGGUGGCAGCAGGAAGCAAUGGGAUCAUUCGAGUCAUCAACUGUGCCACCGAGAAGCCGUUUAAGAGUUUUGUUGGCCAUGGUGAUUCAGUAAAUGAGAUAAGAACUCAACCAUUGAAGCCUUCACUCUUCAUUUCUGCAAGCAAGGAUGAGUCUGUUAGGCUAUGGAAUGUCCAUACAGGGAUUUGCAUUUUGAUUUUUGCUGGAGGAGGAGGUCACCGGAAUGAAGUAUUGAGUGUUGACUUCCACCCUUCUGAUAUAUACAAAAUUGCCAGCUGUGGCAUGGACAACACUGUUAAAAUCUGGUCAAUGAAAGAGUUUUGGCCAUAUGUUGAGAAAUCCUUUACAUGGACUGACCUUCCAUCAAAAUUUCCAACAAAAUAUGUCCAGUUUCCGCUCAUGACUGCUGUGGUGCAUUCGAACUACGUUGAUUGUACUAGGUGGCUUGGUGACUUCGUCCUGUCGAAGAGCGUUGACAAUGAAAUUAUUCUCUGGGAGCCAAAAACAAAAGACCAAUGUCCAGGCGAGGGUAGCAUCGAUAUUCUUCAGAAGUACCCAGUGCCAGACUGCGACAUUUGGUUCAUCAAAUUCUCAUGUGACUUUCACUUCAAUCAAUUAGCAAUAGGCAACCGUGAUGGCAAAAUCUAUGUCUGGGAAGUACAGGCGAGCCCCCCUGUUCUAAUUAACAAGCUGAGCAGUCAGCAGUGCAAAUCGCCAAUAAGGCAGACUGCAGUGUCGUUUGAUGGAAGCACGAUCCUUGCCUGCUGCGAGGACGGCGUCAUAUACCGCUGGGAUGAAGUGGAUCACCCGAAAGCGAAGAACUGAAGCAGCCGAAAACCGCAGUGUGGUGCCAUCCGUGGCAACACCAGCCAGUCUAAAGCCUGACUUGGGGAUUCGUGGAGCACUUACUCUGUGGCACACCUAUUAGCCUUACUGUUUUGUGGAACCGCAAUCUGAUCCUGCUGGUGCCAGAAGCCGUGGUUCAUAAACUUAAUGUUGUAUCUUGGGAUGCUAGUUCGAUGAUUUGCUGGAUGUUUCGGUUUGUCAUGUUGGCUCUAUCAUGUACCGUGUUGGAAUUAAACUUAAUCCUCGUUGCUACUAGUUUCUUUUGCA